GCCCUCGUCUGCCCGUAUGGUGACGUGUCUCUCGGCUAUCUCCUCCUCUUUUCCCCGGCGUCUCUCCCACUAAAAGCCUGAAUACUCUCCAACGGUGCCCUAUUCAGCGAUCGGAGGGACAUAGGAGGACCUUAGGACACCAUGGGUAUAAAAUUCUUAGAGGUGAUAAAGCCGUUCUGUGCAGUUUUGCCAGAAAUCCAGAAACCAGAACGAAAGAUCCAGUUUAGAGAAAAGGUAUUAUGGACCGCUAUCACGCUAUUCAUCUUCCUGGUGUGUUGCCAGAUUCCUCUUUUUGGUAUUAUGUCUUCGGACUCUGCAGAUCCAUUCUACUGGAUGAGAGUAAUUCUGGCUUCAAACAGAGGUACUCUUAUGGAGCUGGGUAUCUCUCCUAUCGUCACCUCUGGUCUUAUCAUGCAGUUACUUGCUGGAGCUAAAAUCAUUGAAGUUGGAGACACACCAAAAGACAGGGCACUUUUCAACGGCGCACAGAAAUUGUUUGGGAUGAUUAUCACCAUUGGUCAGUCCAUCGUGUACGUGAUGACGGGGAUGUACGGAGACCCCUCAGAGAUGGGGGCUGGGGUCUGUCUGCUGAUCAUCAUCCAGUUGUUCGUAGCCGGUCUGAUCGUUUUGCUGUUGGACGAGCUGCUGCAGAAAGGAUACGGACUCGGUUCAGGGAUCUCGCUCUUCAUCGCUACAAACAUCUGUGAGACCAUUGUGUGGAAGGCCUUCAGCCCCACCACCGUCAACACCGGCCGAGGCACAGAGUUUGAGGGAGCCAUCAUCGCCCUGUUCCACCUGUUGGCCACUCGCACAGACAAAGUACGCGCUCUGAGAGAAGCCUUCUACAGACAGAACCUGCCCAACCUCAUGAACCUCAUCUCCACCAUCUUUGUGUUCGCCGUCGUCAUAUACUUCCAGGGCUUCAGAGUGGACCUGCCCAUUAAGUCUGCACGUUACAGAGGACAGUACAACACUUACCCCAUCAAACUCUUCUACACCUCCAACAUCCCCAUCAUCCUGCAGUCUGCCCUGGUCUCCAACCUCUACGUCAUCUCCCAAAUGCUCUCCACGAGGUUCAGCGGGAACUUUUUGGUCAACCUGCUCGGCACCUGGUCUGAUGCUACCUCCGGAGGUCCAGCGCGGGCCUAUCCUGUGGGGGGGCUCUGUUACUACCUCUCCCCUCCUGAGUCCUUCGGAUCAGUUUUGGAGGAUCCGGUCCACGCUGUGAUCUACAUCGUCUUCAUGCUCGGCUCUUGUGCCUUCUUCUCCAAAACGUGGAUCGAAGUCUCUGGAUCAUCCGCUAAAGACGUUGCCAAGCAGCUGAAGGAGCAGCAGAUGGUGAUGAGAGGCCACAGAGAAACAUCAAUGGUUCAUGAACUCAACAGGUACAUCCCCACUGCGGCUGCGUUCGGAGGCCUGUGUAUUGGAGGUCUUUCUGUCAUGGCCGACUUCCUGGGUGCUAUCGGAUCGGGGACUGGGAUCCUCCUCGCUGUCACCAUCAUUUACCAAUACUUUGAGAUCUUUGUGAAAGAGCAGAGCGAAGUAGGAACCAUGUCUGCUCUGUUUUUCUAAACCACAACCUCUACAGCAACCCACCUCCUAUAGGAUUAUUUUUCUACUUUUGUCAACACCUGGACUGGAAUUUGCUCAAAGUGAAUAUUUUCAGGUUGUGGGAAUAAUUCAUGGACUUUGAGAGUCUUGGGGGUUGCACAAAAACUUUCACAAAAUAUUUCAAUAGUUUUCUUUUUUGGAAAAUUGUUUAAAAAUAUAUUAUCUUUCUGUAUCAAAAGUUGUUUUGAGACUUGAUACAGAUGCUGUGCCCAUCUUUUAUGCCAUGAAAAACAGUCCAUGUGAAGCUUUCUAUUUGUUUUAUUGUUGGAUCAAACUUUGAAUUUUGAUUUAAAACAUAAUUGCUUUUUAUUUCCCUGUUUAUAAAAAAUAGGGUCUUGAGGAAAAGAUUAUAGGCCCCGUUUAUUGAAAAGUACUCCUCCAAUUCAACUGUUUUUAAGGUUUAAAAUGGCUGUUCCCAAGACAAACAGUAUUAUAUCGUUCUCAUGUCGUUCUCGUUGCUUUUUGCUGGUGACAUUCAGGUAACUUCUGUACAUAGGCCAUACAUAAUACCUUUGUCUUAAAUGUAAAAUAAAAGUCUUUUUGAAUAUGUAAAAUGCAUUUCAGAACAUUCUCAAUAAAUCAUUUUGUUUAAAAAAUAUCAUUGUCUGUUUUGACCCACAAUGAAAAUAUGAACACACUUUUCUAAAUUGUAGUGUAGUUUUCUUGUGUCGCAAAUCCAGAAUGAUAUCUCUGUAUUGAUUUUUGUUUUUGUUUUUGUUUUUGUUUGUUUUUAUUUUUGUUUUUGUUUUUUUGAGUGACAUGUGAAACAAAAGAGCUCAUUGGUCACCUAUCAUUUAUAAAUAAAAUCAAAUUUAUCUCACCACAGAUUAACAGAGUUUGGUGCUUUGCUCAUAGAUUCUGCAGAAAUCCAUAUGUUUUUCAUGUGAUUUAUUUUCCCUUUAUUUUUCAAUUGGCUGAUCCAUCUGAUUAGCCUGAUAUUUUGGGGGAUUAUUGAUUAUCAGAAUGAUCUAAAACCUGCCUGUAAAUGUCUUGGUUAAGUUAUGUAUCUCAUAUAAACAGUGAGUUGAC